GACCUGUGAGAGGCAGUAAUGUGCCACAACGCAUCUAGUCUACCGGAAAUCAGAAGAAGAAGACUUUUUCGCUGUGACGUAAACCCAUCAUGAAAAUCAUAUGGUUUUGUCCCUUGUCAGCUGUAUGAUUGGAAGUCAUGGCAGGUCCUGAUCUGACAAAAACGCUUCUGUAUACCGUCAAUUAUCUGCUGCAGCAAGAGAAGUACAAAGCGGCAUUGGCAGUGUUGAAAGGAUUCAGAAAUGGCGCCGUUUAUGGGGCCAAAAUCAGAGCUCCACAUGCUCUGGUAAUGACAUUUCUGUUUAGAAGUGGCAGUUUGAAGGACAAGCUCAAAGCCAUUUUAAAGGCCACGUACACCCACUCCCGCAACCUGGCAUGCUUUGUGUUUACAUACAAAGGCCUGCAAAGCUUGCAGGAGAAGUGCCAGGGGAAAAGUUUGCAGUCUCACUCCUUUCUGGCUGCAUGUGUUGGAGGAUGGUUAGUGUUUGGAGAUAACAACAACAUCAAUAGCCAGAUCAACAUGUACUUGCUGUCCAGGAUCCUGUUCGCCCUGUCUCGGCUGGCUGUAGAGAAAGGUUUUAUCCCCCAGCCCAAACAUGACCCUUUCCCACUCUUCGCCACCCUGGUGUGGGGUAUUGUCUUGUGGCUGUUUGAGUAUUACCCUCAUACCCUCCAGCCCUCCCUGCAGUCCUCAAUGAACUACCUCUACCAUGACAGCAAUGUGUGGCAUGACAUAACAGACUUCCUUGUUUAUAAUAAGCCAAGGACUGCUGCUUAGAAAUGAAGUUUUAGUUUUCUUCACAAUGGACCAGCUCUCUAAAAUUCGUGAAAAUCAUUAUUUUUUAUAAUUAUUCAUAUUCUAAAUAUGGUUGAAUGUUGCCUUUUUAAAAUUGUUGUUAGAUUAUAGUUUUAACUGUAGGGCUCUAUUUGGUUUAAUGUUUGAUUUAUUGACAUUUGUGUAUCUUGUGUGCCAACUUGCAUAACAUUAUUAUUAUUAGACAAAAUCUGUUUUAAAUAGCCAUAUCUGUAUCUUCCUAGUAUGAUUUUUUUUUUUUUGU